AUGAAACUCUCUUUUAACUUUUUGGCUGCUUUGAGUGUUGCUUCGGCGCAAGAAACUACAACCUGGACGACUGUAACAGCCCCAGAUGACAGACCAGUCGGAAUCAACGAUGUCGAUUUCGGACGAAGAAAGAACAGAAACAAGAAGAAGAAGAAGAACCAAUACCAAACUACAACGACUGAGGCUCCAACAACUUCGGAAGCGACAACAACAACGGUAUACACAACAACUUCGACGACAACAACGACGACAUCAACCUCGACAACUACAGCUGUCACUACGACUUCGACGACAGCAACUUCUGCUGAAACAAGUACUGCUUCAACUGCUACAACUGGUGCUUACAAUGAUGGGAGUUAUACAACAAUUGCCGAUACAACAAUUGCCGAUACAACACUUGAUACAACAACGACAACCGGGGAAGUAAUCACAACAGACGCGUAUGGAGCGCCAACAACAAUAACACAAACAACAACGACUGAGCCAACAACCACUACAGUUACAACAACAACGUCAACGACCACAUCUAGCUGGACAAAAACAGUUUACGACCCUACAUCAACCUUGGGAGGAAAUUAUACUUACUACGGAAACAACCCUGGAGACCAAUACGGAAUGCUCAUUGACAACAAUGACUCGAACGUUGAUGCAGGAAACUACAACUUGAACAUGGACGAAGACGGAGAUGGAAUCCCAGAUUCUCAAUUUUCCGGAUUGACAUGCUGGACAUGUCACGCAUCAAGCUGGGCAAAAUGCGCGAAUCAAGGAAAAGCGGUCAAAUGCCUGAGCAACGAGCAGAGUUGCUUCACUACUGUUCGAAAGAGGAACUGGGAGCUCGAGGCAGUAGAGAUGGGAUGCAAGGCAAAAGAUGUUUGUGAAAAUGAAAAGGAACAAAAUUUCCCGCAUAAUCGACCGGCAAACUAUCAAUGCAGAUUAGGUUCACUUGGUGCUGGAAAGCCUUCAGUUUGUCGACAAUGCUGCUAUUCUGACCUUUGUAAAGGGUCUUAA